AUGGAAAACGCAGACCCAUUCCUACAAGUCCAAGCCCGUCCACUGUUCUCCUCAUACCUCCGCAUCCGGUCGCUGGCCAAAAGUCCGUCGAACCCAGAGCUGAAGCAAGCGCGCUCCGAGCUCGAGGCAAUCUUAACAGAGCUAACAGCGGACCUGAACGACCUCGUCGAGAGCGUGCGCGCAAUCGAACAAGAUCCCUACCGCUAUGGACUGGAAUUAGAGGAGGUGCAGCGCCGGCGCAAGCUCGUUGACGAUGUCGGCGAUGAAGUUGAAAGGAUGCACCAGGAGCUGCAGCAGACGGUCUCGAAUUCGGCUGUUGAUACGCUGCCCAACCCGACUGAGUUCGACGCUGCGCUUGAAGAAGAGGAGCGCGGUGGCCGUGGCGAUGAUUACUAUGCUUCUAUGGAGCAGCAGCGCCAGACGGAGCUUAUGCAUGAGCAGGAUGAGCAGCUUGAUGGGGUCUUCCGAACUGUUGGGAAUCUGCGUCAGCAGGCUGAUGAUAUGGGCCGUGAACUGGAGGAUCAGGCUGUCAUGAUUGAUGAGGUUGAUACACUGGCAGACCGGGUUGGAGGGAAGUUGGCGAACGGGAUGUCGCGGAUUAAACACAUUGUGCGCAAGAAUGAGGGUAAGAUUGUCGCCUUUCUGGUUGUUCUGUCUACGUCUAUGCUGGAUCUCUACGGGAGAUGGACUGGCAUGGUAUGGGAAUCACAAGUUCAUAACUAA